UUUUUCACUUUGAAAUUGAUUAGUGAGCUAGCUGCUUUUCUGCAACUUUUCAGCAUUUUCUAAAUAAUAUUUAAAAAAAAUGGCUCGAAAACGCGUAAACGCUGCAAGAAAUCGAGUUAAACAGCAAUCUAACGAAAAAAACUCAGAAUUCAUUUUAAAUGAGCUGACAGGAUCGGUGCCAUUCGCCGAAUGCACAAACGACAACGUUGCACCACUGAAUUCCCGGAAAAAACGUUCUAUUAUCCGUGGGUGUGCAAAAGGUGCAAAACCUCUUGCAACGCAGACACGAGGGAAAAGAGCUGUGCCUUGCCAAAUCGAUUUGACGAAAAAAGGAAAAUUUGAGCCGAAUGAUCCGCAACCCGGCACAAGUCGACCUCGGAUCAGUGUAGUUGAAAACAUUUGUCCAUCACGCGGAGCAGCCGUCGGUCCGCAAUACGAUCCAGGCCGAUCUCGAAGAAUUGAAGCUGAGCAUAUUUUUCCAUCAUGCGGAGCAGCUACCAAUCCCCAACCCGGUCCAAGUCGACCUCGGAUCAGUGUUGAGAACACCUGUUCAUCACGCGGAGCAGCCGUCGGUCAGCAAUCCGAUCCAAGCCGAUCUCGAAUCAUUGUUGCCGAGCACAUUUCUGCGUCAUGCGGAGUAGCUGCCGUUCAGCAUCGCGGUCGACCUCGAGUCAGUGUAGUUAAGCACAUUUCUUCAUCACGCGGAUCAGCCGUCGAUCCGAACCGAUCUCGAAUCUUUGAAGCUGAAAAUAUUUCUCCAUCACGUGGAGCAGCCGUAGGUCCGCAAUACGAUCCAAGCCAGUCUCUAAACAUUGUGUCCGAGUACAUUUCUUCAUCAUGCCAGGCAGCGGCAAAACUGCAACCCGGCCCAAGUAGAGCUCGGGACAAUGUAGUUGAGAACAUUUGUCUAUCACGCGGAGAAACCACCGGUCCGCAAGCAGAUCCAAGCCGAUCUCGAAUCAUUGUGGCCGAGCACAUUUCUCCAUCAUGUGGAGCAGCUGUCGAGGCGCAACCCGGCCUAAGUCGACCUCGAGUCAGUGUAGUUAAGCACAUUUCUUCAUCACGCGGAGCAGCCGUCGGUCCGCAAUCCGAUCCAAGCCAAUCUCGAAUCAUUGAAGCUGAGCACAUUUCUCCACCACGCGAAGCAGCCGUCGAUUCACAAUCGGAUUCAAGCCGAUCUCGAAUCAUUGUGGCCGAGCAUUUUUCUCCAUCACGCGGAGCAGGUGGUUUCGAGGACUCAACUGAUUCUGAAAUGGGCGACGAUCUAUCUGACUUCAAUGAUGAGGUCGAAUCGGAUGAACCGUUGAACGAUGAGGUUGCCUGCCACAAAAUGCCAAUCGAUCCAGAAUGCUCGUGCGGACUUGCAGAAGAAGUAGCAAGACUGGAGUCUGAAAAUUGCAAAUUGCGGAAACAAAACAAAAAUCUUAAAAAACGACAGAGCAAGCUGGAGCUCUCCCAUGGUAAAAUGCAACAGGCCUUAUUGUCAAAGUUGCUACCUUAUACCCACAAGCCUUUUGAAAAUGUUCAAAGUUUUCCGGACUGCCCAAGUGCUGAUAAAAUCCUGCGAAUGUCCACAGAAGCAAAAGACAGUGAUUAUAUUUUCGUGAAACUAAUAAUGAAUGCAACAUGGCCAGAAGGCUACGCGGGAAUGUCGGUGACAGGACGCGCUUCGAAUAACCCAAAAGGCCGCGGGAAGAAACCGUUUCUGUUGGCAACAGAUGAAUCCUGUGACGUUAUUUCUCAAGGUCCGAUCCGUGCAGCGCUGGAUCCAACAAAAGUCAAAUUCGUGAACGACUGUCUCAUUGAAAGAAGAUUGCUUCUGCACGACACGGACUUGGUUGCCAGACGGAUCGGUUCGAAAUGCAAUAGGCUGAUGCAAACAGUCAUUAGUAAUUACAACCGAUACCAUUCACCGGAGUAAUCCACAUGAUUUAUUGUUGAAAUGCUAUACUUUUUAAACCAAAUUUAAAUAUUGUUGAUUACUUAUGUUACAUUAUUUAAUAUUUCAUACAAAACAUGAGAACUUUUAAUUUUUUUGAUGCACUGAUAUCCUUAUCAGCUGAUGUUUUAUUGUUUUUGGUUGUUGGAAGGAAUUUUUUUUUAAAUUGUAUUGUAUUGAUAAAUAAAUACUUAAAACUAAAACA